UUGUUGGUUGGAUGUUGUUCAGAUUCCGCAAAAGCUCGAAAACUAAUUAUCCCGAAAACUGAUUUCCACCCACGGCUGGAAAUAUUGUGGUCUUUGCAUCCUUCAGAACAAACCAGAUAAAUAAACAUUUGUUGUUUUAUACCUGAUUUACUGCAAAAAGACUAAACGAAGGGAGUCGUUCAAGAUGAAUUUUGCACAAAUCCUUCAAGAAAUAAACGAAAGACCAAUUUGUGUUCGGUCAAACUUACUCCCAAAGUUUGUGGCCUUUAAUAUACUUAGUGCAGAUACAAUUGACAAUUUGACCAAGCCUGGGACUAAAAACAAUGUCUUAGUCUUGGAAUACAAACCAAGGCUUAAAUUGAAAAUCUACGCUGACACUACAUACCAGCGUUUUACAGCAGCUAUGGUGAAAGAAUUGAAUGAUGACAUAAUGUCUGGAAACAAAUGGUACAUCAUCCGCAUUGAUUCAGAUAGAGACAAUUUUAUUUCAAAAUUCAUGACUGAAGAAGAGAUAAAUCACAACAAAUUUCCUAUUUUUGAUGCUAAAAUUCAUGCUUUACUGUAAUAAAGAGCGAAGAGUCCCAUUUGUUCAAGAAAUCGAAGUUCAUUUUGUACAGAAAUGAAUCACCUUUUUGUUUUCAUUAUUUUUUUUAUUUUUUUCAAAUGAAAGUUCAAUGUAUU